UUUAGUUGACAAUUAAUCAAAUUAUGGGUCGAAAGUGUUUAAUUGUCAGUCAAUGAUUAAUUUUAUUGUGUAUUUAAUUGAUAAUCUUGAUCCAUUGUGAAAUGAUUUUGUUAGUUGGCUGGUUGGAAUAACAAUCAACAAUUAAGAUGGACAAUUUACUAAUUUAUUUACUUGUAGUGUUUUGUACCUUAAAUUGUAAAGUUAAUUGUGAUGAUUUAAUCAGUGGUAGAAAUGAUUCUCAGCCAAUCAAUGUUGAUUCUUGUGAGACAAUUAAUCAUCGUAACAUAAGCUUAAUAGAAAGAUUUCAAAUUCGUAUUGCAAAUCGUGAAAAAAUUUUCCAACUACAAGAGGAACAAUUAAGUCGAGAGAAUCAAAUUAGAAAUGGUAUCAGGAGUCGGGCUCGAACUUCUUGUCCUUUGCCAUCCAUUCGGUGUUUUCGAAGUCGCUAUCGAACCGUUGAUGGAACUUGUAACAAUCUGAUCAACCCACGUCUUGGUGCUGCCGGUGAGUGUAUACCAAGAAUGUUACCCGCUGAAUAUGCGGACAAAAUAUCAGCGCCAAAAGUAUCGAUAACGGGACGAUCUUUACCUAAUCCUCGAUUGAUCUCAUUGGCACUUCAUUCGGAGCCGAGUGAAGCCUCACCAUUAUUAACACAGAUCUUUAUGAUCUAUGGUCAGUUUAUCGAUCAUGAUAUGACCUUCACUCCACCCGCACAAUCAGAAACAGGAGAGGAUAUUGAAUGUUGUCCAUCACCUCAAUCGGGACGUGGAUCACAACGAGGAUCAACCAACAAACGUGGAUCAAGAUCUAAGUGGUGUUAUCCCAUACAAUUGUCUUUCGAUGAUCCAUUUUACGCUCGAAUGGGUCAACGUUGCAUGGAGUUUGUCCGAUCAGCAGCUUGUUUAUCAUGCACAUGGGGUCAGAGAUAUCAACUGAAUGAAAUCUCAUCGUUCAUCGAUGGAUCAGUCGUUUAUGGAUCGCUGGCCAAUGAGACUCGCGGUUUACGAAACUUUGAUGGUUCAGGAACUCUCAAAGUCGCUCGUGAUUUCCGUGGCAACAUUUUACUACCAAGAUCAUUGACACCCGACGAUGAUGGAUGUUCGGUAACCUCUCGAAGGGUUUUCUGUUUCAAUUCAGGCGACGGACGCGCCAAUCAACAAGCACCUUUAGCUGGACUGCAUACACUUUGGCAUCGGCACCAUAAUCGCUUAGCACGUGGUUUAAGAUCUGUGAAUCCUCAUUGGGAUGGUGAAAGAAUCUUUCAAGAAACUCGUCGCAUCUUGGCCGCUCAACUGCAAGUGGUCACUUAUAAGGAAUGGCUUCCAAUCGUUCUUGGCCCAGAGCUUAUGAAACAUUAUGAUUUGAACAUUUUAUCAACUGGAUUUACUCAAUAUGAUCCAACUCGAGAUCCAUCGAUAACAUCAGAAUUUAAUACAGCGGCAUUUAGAUUUGGACAUGCGCUAAUUCGUGGGUUUUUCGCUCGAGUCUCAGCUGAUGGAUUCCGAGUACCAUAUCGAUUGAGGGACAACUUUUUCAAACCCUACACUCUAAGAGAUGGUACACUUGACUCAACAAUUCGUGGUCUGAUAGCAACUCCGACAAGCGCUUGGGGACCUGGAGUUGAUGAGGAUGUUAGAAACCACCUGUACCAAACUCAGAAUGAUCGAUUCGGCGGUGAUCUGGUUGCGAUAAAUAUACAAAGAGGUCGUGAUCAUGCAAUUCCAGGUUACACUUCAUUGGUUAAACAUUGUUACUCGAAAGAUAUUAUCGAUUGGUCUCAACUCGAUGAAUACAUGAAACCCAUUCAACGAUCUCGAUACCAGUCAAUCUACGCCAACAUUCAAGAUAUUGACCUUUUCUCGGCGGGUAUUUCAGAGAUUCCGAUUUCUGGUGCUCUUGUGGGUCCAACAUUUGCUUGCAUAAUGGGGAAUCAGUUCAGAAAUCUCAAAUUAGGCGAUCGAUUUUGGUUCGAGCACUCAGGCCAAGACGGCUCGUUCAGUGAAGCUCAGAUAAAUAACCUAAGGGAGACAAGUUUAGCCAAGAUAAUUUGUGCAAAUGGUGAUGAUUUUACAAUAAUCCAUCCAAAGGUUUUCCUUCCGGUUUCCCAACAAAGUAAUCCAUUGACUCCAUGUUCAUCUCUUCCUGAUAUUGAUCUAACCUUGUGGACAGAAACACCAAGUUUCACAAGAAACUUUGGAUGAACUUUUUUUCUUGUCAUCAUUAUCAUCAUCUUCGUACAUUUCGUAUGUUAUCAUCUGCAAGACGAUUAUCUACCUGGAUGACGAGAGUGAGAAAAAAAAUAGUAGGAAGAAAAAUUAAACAAUAAUAAUCAAAGUAAAUUAAAUGACAAACAAAGUAAAUAAAGAAAAUCGUUUUUUUUUCAUGAAACGAAAAAAAAAAUCAAUCAAUUGA